CUUUUGAUAAACUAUAAAUGGCACUGAAACAGACACGUUAUUCCACUCUCCUCCUGAUCAAAGAUGGAUCUGCAACUCUCAGUUUUUCUUCUGUUCAUUCUCUUCACUGCAGGACAUUCUCUCAGCUGUUAUGAGUGCGUGGGUCUGACGGGUUCUUGUGCAGAACAAACAGUUAAAACAUGUCCUUUUGGAUCUUCUCAGUGCCAGAGUGUAACAGCAGUAGCACAAGCUGGUGACAUUAUUUCUAAAGUGAAGGCUAAAGAUUGUGCUGUUGACUGUCAAAGUGGGUCCAUGAAUCUCGGCAUUUCAAAGGUCUCUUCUUCCUGCUGUAACACAGACCGGUGUAACGUCCAAGAUGCUCCAGAUCCCUCUAACAUCCCCAAUGGAAAGCAAUGUUUCUCUUGUGAUGAUAAGAGCUGCUCAAACACAGUGAGCUGUUCAGGGACUGAAGAUCGCUGCAUUAAAGCAACAGGGACCUUUGGAGGCCAGACAUUGGUUGUAAAAGGCUGUGUCUCUAAAUCUAUUUGUGACGCCACAACAUCAGUUAGUAAUGUUCAGGGCAUUUCGUGUUGUGAGGGGAACCUGUGUAACGGGUCUCAGAGUGUCACCCAGAGCGUCCUGAUCCUCUGCGGUUCUCUGCUCUCAUACUUCCUGAUGCACUGAAUACAGCAGAUCUUCACAUUUUACAAUCAGACACAGUACUGAAUAUGUACCUUGCAUUUCUUUGUACUAUACUACCAUUGAUGUUCUGAUUAUUAUUAUUUGUUUUUCUGUAUAAUGCGGAUGUGACAUUUUAUGAAAUAAAAUACUCUAUCACCUUU